UACUUUCACUUCUUCUCAUCAUUCUCAUCAGUCCCCCACUCUCUCCCAUAACAUGGAAGAAAGAGAGAAACCUUUUGAGGUGAAAUCAAAGCUCAACCUUCUAAUAGGUUACCUUCAAGAAAGAACAAUGCAGGGGAGCAUAAACAAAGCCACCAAGUGCAAUCCUCCCUGCGGAACCAAAGUUCUAUCAGUGAAUGUAAUGGUGUCAGAUAUGGUGGUGUGUUCAAGAUAACUUGGUGCUAUCCUACCUGAGCUUAUGUCUCCUUUGUUGAUCCUCUUCCUUUUUUCCAUAUUAGUGAUCUUCUUUUCUUGACCUUGUAAGACCUUUUUCUUGACCUUGUAACAACCCGUUCUUUGUUUUUUGUGUUUCUUUUUCCUAGUAUGGCGAACUCCUAUCAGAAGUUUCUGAUAUAGGGUUCAAGUAAUCUUCCUCCCUGUUCCUUCCCAACUCAUCUUCUCCUUCCUUGUCUAUCCCUCCUGAGCUGUUUUCAAUCAGAGUAAUUUGCUAGCUAAUUUUCCUUUACAUGUAAUCCUAGAUGGGAAAAUGUAAUAACUUGGAGAAUUGGCAAAAAGAGGAGCUGUAAAAACUCUCAUUUUCUUAUUCUGUUAAGGCCAUCAAUGUCAAUUGUUGUUACCUGUGCAGAAAAUAUGCUUUUGCAGGACAUCAGUUUAAGUCGUUUAAUUUACAUGUUGUUUGGCUGACCAGAAAGUGAGAGAAUAAAAUAUUCCCUUAGCUCUGUGUGUUUGUGUUGAGAGUUUUUUUCCUCCUGACAGCUUCUUUUGUACGACAUAUCAACGCUGUAUUAUUGGAGUUCUCAGCUCUUCAAGAAACUUUUUAGAGCAAC